AUGUCGGCAAAGCAGGUGGAGCCCGAAGUCGGGGCUAUCGAGGAAACCACGUCCAAGCCAGUAUCGCGUUUCACGCGAUGGUAUCGCAGCCCGCUGUUCAACGUCAUCGUUGUCGGUCUGAUCUCGUUCACGCAGCCUGGAAUAUGGAACGCACUCAAUAAUACCGGCGCCGGAGGUCAGCAGCAGCCGUACCUUGUCAAUGGAGCCAACUCUUUGACGUUUGGCAUCAUGGUUUUUGGUUGCUCUGCCUUCUCCAUCCUCGCGAACAAAUACGGCUUGAAGAAGAUCCUCAUUCUUGGCACCCUGGGAUAUGCCCCGUAUUCAGCGUCAUUAUACGUGAACAACCGCUACGGCACUGAAUGGUUUGUUCUGUUUGGAGGUGCCACUUGCGGUAUUGCCGCAUCUGCGUUAUGGGCAUCUGAGGGUGCCAUCGCACUUGGGUACGCAGACGUGCGGGAUAGGGGUAAGUUUACGGGCAUAUGGUUAGGGCUCAGAGAGCUGGGCCAGCUCAUCGGCGCGUCCAUCCAGCUGUCGCUGAACGUGAAGAACGGGCAGCGCGGCAAAGUCGGCUACUCGACGUACCUCAUCCUCAUCGGCCUGCAGUGCCUCGGCCUGCCCCUCGCGUUGCUGGUGUCGCCUCCGGAGAAGAUCAUCCAUCGUGAUGGGCGCAAGGUGCAGAACCACCCCAAGAACAAAGCCGUUACGAAGGAGUUCCACAAGUGGUGGGCGCUGCUGAAGAUGAAGCAAUUCUACCUGCUGAUCCCGAUGCUCGUGGGGUUCAACUGGAACGGAACGUACCAGGGCAUCUACCUCACGCAGUACUUCUCCGUACGAGCAAGGACCCUGGGAGCGCUGACGUCUGGUCUCGCCGCCACCGCAGCCAACUUGGUCUGGGGCUGGGUCUAUGAUAUCAAGAGUGUCAGCCGUCCGGUGCUGGCUAAGGUCACAUGGAGCGUUUUCUCCGUCAUCAUGUUGGGUCUUUUUGCGUGGCAGGUUGCCAACGAAAAGAUGUACGAGGACGCAAAUCCCAAACCCACUCUUGACUGGAGUCAACCUGGUUUUGGCCGCGGGUUUGCAGUAAAUGUGCUGUUUCGUUUCAUGAACGAGUCCCACUACAUGUUCGUGUACUGGAUUCUUGGGACUUUCUUUGACGACAUCGAGACGUUGACCUUGGCCGUGGGUUUGAUGCGUUCCUUCGAAUCCAUCGGCUCUUGUCUAUCCUUCGGCGUUGGUGCUGCCAAGGUCAGCCCAAUGGUGAACUUGGUCAUCGCAUUCGCCAUGUUCGGUAUUACCAUUCCGUCGACAUAUGCCGCAACACUCCUCGUCCCAGACCGCCCAGUUGAUCUUCGGAAAUCAGAGGAAGAUGAUGACAUGACGAGCGAGGCUAGCUAA